AUGGAUGACUUUGCAGCCACUCACAUCAAUUAUACACUGAGUAUUCAUAUCAGUGGCAUUUUCUUCGGCUGGCAUCGACAAUUUGUUUGGCUGUGGGAGAAGGCAAUUAGAGAAGAAUGCGGUUACAAUGGCUACCAGCCAUAUUGGAAUUGGGCACUGUCCGCGAACAACCUGUCCGCAAGUCCACUCUUCGAUGGGAGCGAAACGAGCCUCUCUGGCGAUGGGGAUCGCAAGGAUGACUGGGAAUCGACAAUCCGUCUAUUCCCCAGCAACGUGACAAUUCCCAAUGGACUGGGAGGUGGCUGCGUAACUACUGGCCCAUUCGCGAACUAUACACUCAAUUUACCCGAUCUCGACGAGGCACCGGGUGACGUGUUUCCCGACAAUGCCUUCGCCUACACUCCGCAUUGCCUAACACGCAAUCUGAACUCUUUCAUGUCUCAGGCUUUCACGAGCCAGAAAGACGUGGAUCGCUUACUGGCUUCGCCAAACAUCACUACCCUACAACACAAUAUUGAUGUGAGUGUUUGGCCAACGCUCAGUGAUGCAGGUAUUAUGGGACCUCAUGCGGCUGCACAUAUGCAACUGGGCCGGGCUAUGGAUGAUUUCUGGACAGCGCCACAGGAGCCUACCUUCAUGUUACAUCACGCGAUGGUCGAUCGAAUUUGGACACUUUGGCAGGAGCAAGACCCAGAAAAUAGGCAGUAUGCCCUUAAUGGGACCAGUUCUAUCAUGAAUGCUCCUACGACACCCGAGGUGGACUUGAAUACUGAGUUGACGUGGGGUUUGUUGAGUCCUUUGAAAAGGAUGCGGGAAUUGAUGAGUACCAAGGCGUAUGAUUUCUGUUAUGUGUACGGAGAUUGA